CAGCCCCCUGUGGAAGCAUGACGCAAUAAGUUUGAAUAAGAAAGAAUAUUUCAUACUGGUUUCAACUGUUACAAACAAUUCGAGAACACAUUGAUUUUCGAUUAGACUAAAUAUAUAUUUGCGUUUGUAAGAGCCUGUCCACCAUGUCAUAUGCCUUUAAUACCCUUUACUACUCUAUACUGGUACUUAAUUUUAUAUAUAUAUGCCUAUUUUAUUUUUGUUAUCCUAUCUCUUUCAACUUACCCCUAACGGCCUCGACCAGUCGGCCCUCCAAAGUCAUUAGAUGAUGAUUGAUAGUGAUCGGUGGUCAUAGUCAGUAUGUACUAUAGGCGUGUAGGCUUCUGUCUUGAAAUCAGUCGCAAAUAAUAGACUUUAUAGUUAAUACUUACAACAACAGUAGUUGGGUACUAGAGUACUCCGUUACAGGUCAGCGUUACUAUAUAGUAAAAAAAAAAGUUGUGUGGUUUUUUUUCGACUCUGAUAGCACUGUCAGUAUUCUUUUAAGGGUUAACAAUUUUUAUGCACACAAUACCGGUAUUUAAAAAUAUUUUAAAUAAUUUAUUUAAUGUAGAAUGUAGCCAUAUUGCCCAUAUGAUUUUCUAUGCAAUUCUUUGUAGAUUUCGUAUAAAUUAAAACAAGAAGUAUAUAAUUUUAUAAAACUAAUUCUGACCCAUUUAUUUCAGAUUACACUACACUGCCUUCGAACAAGAGAAGUUAAAAGCAAAUGAAAAGAAAACACCAUUAGUUGUAAAAUAUGCUCUUGAAAUGAAAAAAGUAUUUGCAUCUCUACAUAAUUUAGAACGCAAAGUUUUAAUAUUUCCCAAUACAGCAUCAAAUUAUAUUAAAAUUCCAACAGGGAUAAAAGUUUGUAAAAGUCUUAAUGAUUUCAAAAUUAAAUCUAUCAGAGGUGGCUUUCACAGGCGGCCUGAACUUAUAGCAAAUUUAAAUGUGGUCAGGAGACCUGAUUUUCGAACUAAUUUAGCAAAUUUUUGUAGCCAAACAAAAGGGCUUAGCCAGGGGAGAUCAGAGAGUACUCAUCGGAUACAGCAUGAGCUCGUACUAAUGGCCUUUAAACUCAAUGACUCAUUUAGAAGUACUGAGAGUGAAAUCUUGGACUCCUUAGAUGUCAGCAACAUGAAGCCUAAAGUGAUUUUAGAUAUCGGAUGUGGCGAGGGUGCAAGCAUAAUACCAAUUUUAAAUAUGGGACACACAUGCUUUGGUGUUGACUUGAAUUUACAAUCACUGUCAGAAUUCAAAACAUUGUGUUUAUCUGGCAGCUACAGAAUAGUUAAAGAACCAGACUUUAUCCACAACAACUCAAAUGUUUUCAGAAGCAAGGAAUGUUCUUUACCUUUAAGAUGUGAUAAAUGUUCUGACCACUAUAGAAGAGAAUUGGAAACAUCAAGUACCAGAAACCCAGAGGACGAUAACAACGCUUUUACAUCAAUUGAUAAUUAUAGAUCCACAUGUGAAAAUAAUUGUAGAUUUCAAAAUGUAGUAACUCACACUACUCCAGCAGCAGAUGUUGUAAGAUGGGAUUUAAGGUACGGCUUACCAUUUAAGCCCAAUAGUUUUGACAUGGCAAUCAGCAUCUCAUUUCUCCAAUGGCUUUUUCAUGGUAAAGCUGAACAACAACUGAACAAAUUUUUCUCAUCACUUAGAAAUGUUUUGCUUCCAGGUGGAAGAGCAAUAAUUCAAUUUUAUCCUUCUUCUGCCAGUCAGGUGGAUAAUGCUAUCCAAGUGGCAAUGAAAUAUUUUCAAGGUGUACUAAUUGGUGAUUACCCUCAUUUAGACAGGGGACGAAAGCUGUUCAUGGUGUUGUUUUAAAAUAAACUGUUAAGCAUUUUAAGGUGUUGUGUGCUGUUAUUUUAAGCAUUUUAAGGUGUUGUGUUGUUGUUUUAAGGUGUUGUGUGUUGUUUUAAGCACUUUAAGGUGUUGUGUGUUGUUUUAAGCACUUUAAGGUGUUGUGUGUUCUUGUUUUAAGCACUUUAAGGUGUUGUGUGUUGUUGUUUUAAGCACUUUAAGGUGUUGUUGUUUUAAGCACUUUACGGUGUUGUGUGUUGUUGUUUUAAGCACUUUA